UAAAUAUUAGCUUUGAUUAUGAAAAGCACCUAAUACUUUUAUAAUAUAAAUUAAGAAAACGUCGAAUUGUCCUCGAAAUAUGUGAAAUACCAUGCAUUCUCUCUCGUAUUCACGUAACAAAGGUAGCAUUUAAUCUUCAGGAAUUCGGACAUUGUCUUAUCGCGUCCAAUGUUAGUACUGACUUAGUACAUUAAGAGACAAAGAUUAUACGAAUGACUGAGAAAUAUGUUACUAUAUAUAAUUGUAAGUUCCCUUGUCAUCAGUUGUAUAAAAGCACAGAAUGAAUUGCUGCAUAAUUCUGAUUUUGAAAGUUCAUCCUUUUCCGGAAACUGGGUUUGUAGCGACUGUACGAUGACCACCCUCACUAGCGACACCUAUCAUGGGAGACAAUCUGUUAAAGUUACAAACAGAAGACAUACUUACUCAGGGCCUCACCAGACUGUCCCAAUUUCACCCGGACAGAACUAUGUCGUUAAGACGUACGUAAAACUUCUUAAUCUUCACCCGGGGACUUUGUAUUCUAGCUUGUCUAUGAGAGUCAACCUUCAAGUAAACGGAAAAACUGUACAUCUAAAAGUGGCUCAACAGCCUAUGCAACAAUUGAAGUAUGGUUGGACAGAAAUAAGUGGCGAUUUCUUUGCACUUAAUGGAACUUCAUCAGCAACGAUUUUCCUUGAGGUAAUGAAUGUUGAUAUCAAUUAUCUGAUGGAUUCAGCAAGUCUUCAACCAUUACAACACGAUUCACACUGGUUAUCGAGAGCUCAUAACCGCAUCAACAAACUCCGUAAAGCACCCGUCACAAUAAAACUGGCACCAGGACAGCAGACUCAUGGAUUCUAUGCUGAGCUAAUUCAACAAAAAAGUGCAUUUCCGUUCGGAACAGCCGUCCAUGCCGACAAGCUAGGAAAUCCUAUGUACCAGAAAUAUACAGACUUUGUCGUCAAAAACUUUGAAUGGGGUGUCAUAGCAAAUAUGCUGAAAUGGAAAGCACUAGAACAUAGAAAGGGUCAUACAAAUUAUACACUUGCAAUGAACGCAUUACAACUUCUUCAAUCUCAUGGAAUGCAGGUUCGCGGUCACAACAUGUUUUGGGAUGUUGACAAGCACGUGCCAACUUGGUUACAGGGGAUGUCUCCAUCAGAUCUUGUCAAAGAAAUGGAAGCCCAUGUAAAUGAUGUUAUGUCGCACACCCGUGGAAGGCUUGUACACUGGGAUGUAAACAACGAGAACCUACACGGGGAUUACUUCGAACGUCACACGAGGGACCCAGACAUCACCCACAAAAUGUUUCAGUGGAUCCACUCCCGUGAUCCCAGCAUUAAACUUUUCCUUAAUGACUACUCUAUUCUCUCUCAGUCCUCCAUGACCACGGCAAUCAAAAAUCAGGCUGUUAAUUUUAUCAAAAGUCACGUUCCUAUCGGAGCAGUUGGUUUACAGAGCCAUUUUCAUGGAACAGAUAUCGAUAUGGAUGUUAUAAAGUACAGACUGGAUAAGGUGGCGGAAGCCGGACUAAAGAUCUGGAUCACCGAGCUGACAGUCGGAGCAGCAGACGACAACAGGAAGGCGGCAGCUUUGGAGAAAUUGAUGACGAUGUUCUUCAGUCACCCUGCAGUAGAGGGGGUCAUUCUUUGGCAUUUCUGGGACGGUUCUAACUGGCAUCAAGACGAGGCUUUAUUCAACGGUCCAGAUAUAUCUCCAAAUGCUGCGGGACGGAAAUAUUUAGAUCUUGUUCAUGGCACCUGGAGAUCUCACAUGAAACGUAGGAUAGAUCCAGGUCACACAGUAAAUGUUACAGCGUUUACGGGGGAUUAUGUUCUGAGCGUUCGACGGAACGGUCACGUGAUUCACAACGAGACAUUUAGCUUAGGUUCAGCGGGAAAAGAUCUCACAGUUCAUCUUACAGAAGUUUGGGUUUCUAGUUUAUGCAAGCAUACACAUAGCAUGUCAAAAUUUUCCUUAUUAUACGGACUUCUAUUGUUUAUAUUUCACUCUAAUGCGGAGACCGAAUUACUUAAAAAUGGAGACUUCGAGAGCACGUCUUUUAGUGGAAAUUGGCAGGCUGCAGACUGCAGGGUGACGUCAUAUACAGCUGAUAAAUAUCAGGGAAGCAGAUGUAUAAAAAUAUCGAACAGGCACCAUGACUGGUCAGCGGUCCGUCAGGAUGUCAGUCUUACUGGAGGACACUGGUACGCGGCCAAAGCAUACAUCAAGUUACUCAACAUGCCAGCAGGUGCCCACUACGUGUACAUGGAAAUGAUGGCAGCAGUCCAUGUAAACGGACAUACAAAAUACAGAACUGUUGGUCAAAUUCACAUGCAGCAAGAGAAGUAUGGAUGGACAGAAGUCGGAGGGGACUUCUUUGCAGAGCAGGGUGCGACAGGAGCUACCUUGUAUGUCCAGGUCCACAACUCCACUGUGAAUUAUCUACAAGACUUCUCCAGCCUUCAGAGGAUUCCUACAAACCCCAACUGGAAAUCGGAGGCUAAUGCUAGGAUCAACAAUAUCAGGAAAGCCCCCAUAACAGCCAGCCUAGUAAACGGAGCGUCAGCUCAAGGACUUAGCGUUGAGUUGCAGCAACAGAAGAGUAGCUUCGGAUUCGGUGCUGGUGUAGUGGCCGACAUGAUGACAAACCAUAACCAACAUGCGUAUCAGAACUUCGUAUAUAAAAACUUUGAGUGGGCAGUGAUUGUUAACGCUCUUAAGUGGCGUCUCAUGGAAUGGUCAAAGGGCCAUAUUAACUUCGCCAGACCUGACAAUGCUAUAAAAGCCCUGAGUUCUCACGGUGUAAAGAUCCGAGGCCACAACAUGUUUUGGGGAGUGGAAGGGCAUGCACCGGCGUGGUUGGCGGGAAAAUCUGCAGCAGAAUACGUCACCGAAAUGAAACUUCAUGUCCAGGAAGUCAUAAGCCAUACCAGAGGAACACUGGAACACUGGGAUGUUAACAAUGAGAACCAGCACGGUGAUUACUUUGAGCGUCACACCAAUGACCCGGAUAUUACCGCCAAAAUGUUUCAGUGGAUUCACCAGGCGGAGCCGGGCGUCAAACUCUUCAUUAACGAGUACAACGUCAUCACAAACUCACAAGUUACAACGGCUACUCGAAAUCAGGCUAUUCAGCUCCGUAAUAUGGGUAUACCUGUCUACGGCGUAGGAAUACAGGGUCAUUUCCACAGCGGUGACAUAGAUAUAGACGUGGUGAAGUACAGAUUAGAUAAAGUAGCAGAAGCUGGCCUGAAAAUCUGGAUAACAGAGCUCACCAUUUCGGAAAGUGACGUAAACAAAAAAGCUGCGGCUCUGGAAAAUCUCCUGACUCUGUUCUUCAGUCAUCCGGCGGUAGAGGGCGUUAUGUUCUGGGGAUUCUGGGACGGUGCAAUACACCACUCAGUUGAUAAGUUAUUCGAAGGACCAAACUUGACGCCAAACAAGGCGGGACAGGUGUACCUUGACUUAGCACGUAAAGCAUGGAGAACCGACUUUACCCAUGCAAUAAGCACACACAGUGGAGUUCAUACAUCCGGGUUCCUUGGUGAUUACGUACUGAAGGUUAAAAGUAAUGGCCACGUCAUUCAUCAGGAACAAUUCACUUUAGACAAAACGGGGAAGAAUUUGAGCAUCCAUUUAACAGAUGAUCAUCAGGUCUCCCAUAUUGCAUUUGGAUGAAAGCGAUACUAGUGUUGAUCUUUUAUAAAAAAAAUAAAAUAAAAGGAUG